CCGGCGGGAUGUACGCCGGGAGGAAGAGGAAGAAGCCGGUGCCGAAGAGCCCCAAACCACCCCCCCCUGAGGGUGUGAAGUCCAACCCCUCCAAGCGGCAUCGCGACCGGCUCAACCAGGAGCUGAACAAGCUGACUAACUUGCUGCCAUUCCCUGAAGAUGUGCGCAGCAGGCUUGAUAAACUCUCCAUCCUACGACUGGCUGUCGGAUACCUGAAGGUGAAGAGCUACUUGAUGGCCACAGCUACGGAUGUUGGUGACUGUGUGCCCAGAGCCCCAGGAGGGAACAGACAAAUGGACCUGCAGGCCAACAGAGAGCUGUUUCCUGAGGGGGAACUGCUGCUCCAGGCACUCAAUGGAUUUGUCAUUGCGGUGACCGGAGAUGGUUACAUCUUCUACAUCUCCCCUACUGUGCAGGACUAUCUGGGCUUUCAUCAGUCAGAUCUCAUCUACCGGAGCGUGUAUGAGUUGAUCCACGCGGAUGACAGAGCCUCUUUCCGCUGCCAGCUGCACCAGGCCCCAGCAUCUGGCAGCACCCAGCACGCUGCCAAUGCCUUUCCGGCCAACCAGCUGCUGCUGGAUGGAUGCAGCACUGUGUCCAGCCCACAACACCUCCACCUUGAGAAGCCCUCCUUCGUGGAGAGGAGCUUCACCUGCCGCUUCCGCUGCUUGUUGGAUAACUCCUCAGGAUUUCUGGCUUUGAAUUUCCGUGGGCGCUUGAAAUGCCUUCUCGGGCAGCAGAAGAAGGCAUCAGACAGGUCCCCGCUAGCUCUCUUCGCCAUCGCAACUGUCCUCCAGCCUCUCUCCAUCCUGGAGCUUCAGACCAAGACGCUAAUCUUCCAGACAAAGCACAAGCUGGAUUUCACUCCCAUGGCCUGUGAUUCCCGGGGGAAGGUUGUCCUGGGGUACACAGAAACGGAGCUGUGCAGGAGGGGGUCCGGGUACCAGUUUGUGCACGCGGCUGACAUGAUGCACUGUGCAGAGAACCACGUGAGAAUGAUGAAGACGGGGGAGAGCGGGCUGACAGUUUUCCGGCUGCUGACCAAGAAGGGUGGCUGGGUGUGGGUGCAGGCCAACGCCCGGCUGGUGUACAGAGCAGGCAAGCCUGACUGCAUCAUUGCCCAGCAGCGAGCCCUGUCGAAUGAAGAAGGGGAGGAACAUCUGCAGAAGAGAAAGCUACAGCUGCCUUUUAGCUUUGCCACAGGGGAAGCAGUUUUGUAUGAGAAUGAUCUUCCUGGGUUCCUGGACUCCUUCCAGGCUAAGGAGGAGUUGCAGACACAAGCAAACUCCCAUUCAAAGCAGCGCUCAGUAGACCCCAACUCUCUUCUUGGGGCCAUGAUGAAGCAAGAUGCAUCCAUAUACAUCUCCCAUACUGAUAAUGUGCCCCAGUUCUCCUUGCCUGAUCUCAUCACUGAGCCUGAUGGACUGAGCCAGAAUGAGGAAGUCAGUGAUGCUAAGGAGGACAGCAACUCCCUCCUGGUCAUUAUUGAAACCCUCUUUGAGAAGAGUGGGGUGGACGGAAACAUCUGUCAGACCCUCCAGAGCCUCAACGUGGACAGUGCAGAGCUGCAGCAGUGGGAGGAGGCUCUGCUCACCUUGGAUGCAGAGGAGGAGCCACCAGCUCAGGAGGUUGGCAAGAGGCUGGGUGCUGAGGUGACAUCCUCUGUGGAGCAGAUGCUCCUCAGGGAGGAUGCUGGGAAGAGCAUGGACUUCCUGAACUGCAGUGCAUCACCCUGUGAUGAGGAAAACAGUGCUGCGCCUCGUUUCCAGCACUGCUGGGCAACUAAUUCAGUAUUUCAAGCCCCACCAGAGUCCCAGGAACCUGGUGCACAAGGCCAAGAUGCUGUGAUUUCUCUAGUCUCCAUUACAUCUAAAGUCAGCUCUGCUCAACCAGAACAGCAGGUCUUGUUUAACUCGUCUGGGCUGGUGGAGGGGACUGUUCUGGAUGUCCCAGUCUCCAGCAGCAAAUCCUCUGUAGCACUUCAGCUGGCAAACCCAGGACAGGUGCUUCAAGGAGAAGUCAACACCUCUGCUCCCAUAGAUAACGUUAUUCCUAGUGAUCAGAUCCAGCCCAGGUGCAAGCUGGUGGGCUCAAGCUGCCCACCUCUGUUACACUCAAACACACUAGUGACUCAGUGGCAUAAUGUCCUAGUCCGGGCAAACCCAGCCAAUGCUUUGGGUCAGAGCACUUCUGGAGGUUGCCCAUCAGAGGCUUGGAUGGCCAUAGCUCCAAAACAGCUGGAAGUGGCAGGAAGACAUGUAGAGUCACAAACUCUGCUGGCUGGCAGCCCCGAGAGCCCCCAGGGGGCUGGGCCGUGGUUGCUGCCCUCCCAACCUGCUCCUUGCCCUGCACAGGGCUUGAAUGAGUCCUCGUUCUCUGGGGCUGGGGACCUCCAUCAUGAGGAGGUUGCUCUCCCUGCACAAGCAUCAGCACCCUUAGGAGUUAGCCACCUUCCAGGAAAUGGUGGCUUCCUGGAGCGGCCCCUGAUAUCCCACCUUGAGCCCAGCUUUUCCUGGGAAGGGGAGCAGGCAGUGCUCCGAGGGGACAAGCGGUUCGCGCAGCGCCAGCCAUGGCUCCUGCAGACUGGGGCAUCUCAUUGGAGAUGUGGUGGGGCAGGUGCAGUGCAGCACAGCAGGCUCCUGCUGGGGUCCAGCACAGGUCCCAGUACCCACUGGACAGACCAUGUUGUGCUGCCUGAGUGUCAGUAUGGAAAUAGCCUUUGUAGACACGAGGGCAACUUUAUUAGGGAUGCCUCCAAACUAUCCAUUCCCCAGCAUCUGGGAACUUUCCCUUCUCCCAGUGAGAGCCACCCUGGAGUAUCACAUUACUCACAGGGCUCGGUUUUGAGGUGCUCAUCAACUCUCCCUGCAAAGGUGGGUGCAGGACCACUGCCCUCCUCUGAGCAGAGCCCUGGCUUCUUCCCAUCGGAGUCCUUUGCAGGUGGGCAGCCGCUCUGUGCCUGCGAGGUCCAGCUCAAGGUGAGGUGUGAGGGCUGCAGGACCUGAGGGGUGCCCCAGCUCGCACGGAUGGAGUGAUGGGUGUUACGGGGGAUGCAGGCACGGCAUCGUUGGUGGGUACCUCACUGUGAAGCCACACUUGGAAAAGCCACCAGCAGUUACAAGCUCUUCUGGCUGUGUACACUUGUGAGUGGUGCCCCAAGAUUCCUGAUCACUCAGGAUUUUGUCUUCCAGUGCCUGAAACAAGGUGCCCUAGCAGAGCUUUCAGGCAGUCUAGAAUGAAGUGUUUCACGUGGUUUGGUUUUGCUUUGUUGUUUGGUUUUUUUUGUUGUUUUUUUUUUCCCCCUAUGAGAAGUCUUUCAGGGAGAUGUGGCCAUGCCCAUGGGGAGAUUUGCAGACUCUUGGGGUCCAAGGAAGGACACCCUGCUUGCUGCUCGUGGCAGCCUCUUGCAGAUGGACCUGCUGCCUUACAGGCAUGUGGCACUGAAUUGCUGUUUCUCGAUGCAGCGUGGUCCCCUCAUCACCUAUGUGCGCGGACCACACAUGACAUCUUGCUGUUCAGUCCUCUGCAUCACCUCAGCCUGCCUGAGCCCCUCUGCUCUGCUCUUGCUCCCUCCCUCCUGUGCUCUCCAUCUCCUCCUGAACCCCUAGUGACCCAGUUCCUUUAGAAAAGGGGAUGUUAUGAAGCACUCUUGAGAAGCUCAGCAGUACCUGAAGGGUCUUUGUGGGAGGUGGAGGGCAUGAGAGCAGAAGCAGCUCAGGUUUGGGGGCUCUUUGGCAGCCUUUCCAGGGAAUCUGUUGUCUUUCUGGGCAGCAGGGUGUGGAAGGUCCAGCCAGGCUCCCCUUGGGUUUGUCACUGGGUUGUCCUUGCCUACCUCUCCUGUGAUCAGCAGUGCCAUUAGAUGGAGAAAUGAUGGGGUUUGCUCCUGCAGUUGCUCAGGAUAGUGUAGUUUUGCCAAAGCAGCAAGAAGGAAAGGUAGGAAGGGGUACAGUGACUGUCUGCCUCUCCCCUUUGGACCAAGUUUGUAACCUUCAAACUGUCAUCUUGGAGACGAGCACAGCCACUUUGUGGAAUUACCUUUCUUUUGUAUUUUUUAACCUAAGAUGUGAAAUUAUUUUGUUUUCUCUGUUGUGGGGCAAAGUCUCCCAGAUCUGUCAGGUUAACCCCCCCCCAGAAAAAGCAAUGAUGGGGAGAGGGUUUGGUUCAAGACCAGAUCUGGCAGGUUUGUCAGAGCUAUUGGAGACCUGCAUACCUUUCCCCCCUGUGCACCCCUCACA